AUGUUGAGGAGGAACAUAAGAUUGAGGAGAGAGUACCUAUACAGGAAGAGCUUGGAGGGCAAAGAGCGUUUGCUUUACGAGAAGAAGCGCAAAAUCAAGGAAGCCUUAGAAGAGGGGAAACCAAUCCCCACCGAGCUCAGAAACGAAGAAGCAGCCCUUCGCCAAGAAAUCGACCUUGAGGAUGAACACACUGCUAUUCCAAGGUCAACAAUCGAUGAUGAGUAUGCAAAUGCAACAGAAAGAGACCCUAAAAUUUUGCUAACCACAUCCCGCAACCCGAGUGCUCCUCUUACACAGUUUGUAAAGGAGCUGAAGAUUGUAUUCCCUAAUGCACAACGAAUGAACCGUGGUGGUCAG